AUGGCGAGACUCACUGACGAUGCCGACUACGAUGCCGGCGAAACGUCUGGGAACGUAACACGUCCACGGUCCUCCUCUGGAAAUGAUCAUGCAUACUAUGUACUACGGACUAGGUGCGUUCCUCUCUGUCAUCCUACCAAUAUGAUCGAGUUGCGAAAAGCAGGUCAAACAACCUUUAUACUAAUUUUUCUUUGGGAAGGAACUAGCUAUUCAUCAGUAGAUUUUAAAAAUAAUUUAUUAUUUAACACAAUAACAUAUAUAAAUUGGUCAAAUGUAAGCAAUUUACUCGAUCCAUGCAUCAUAAUACUUUGA